AUGGAAAAAUCAAAAAAUUUCCGCAUCGAUGCGCUGCUGGCCGUGGACCCCCCGCGAGCGGCCUCCGCGCAGACGCGCGAUGGCCAUGCGGGCGGCGCGGGCGGAGCGGGCGGCGGCGCGGGCGGCGCGGGCGGCGCCGGGGGGCCCCACCACCACGCGCACCCGGGCGCCGCCGCCGCCGCCGCCGCCGCAGCCGCCGCCGCCGCCGCCGGGGGGCUGGCGCUGGGGCUGCACCCCGGGGGCGCGCAGGGCGGCGCGGGCCUCCCCGCGCAGGCCGCGCUCUACGGCCACCCGGUCUACGGCUACUCGGCGGCGGCGGCGGCGGCCGCGCUGGCUGGCCAGCACCCGGCGCUCUCCUACUCGUACCCGCAGGUGCAGGGCGCGCACCCGCACCCCGCCGACCCCAUCAAGCUGGGCGCCGGCACCUUCCAGCUGGACCAGUGGCUGCGCGCGUCCACCGCGGGCAUGAUCCUGCCCAAGAUGCCCGACUUUAACUCCCAGGCGCAGUCCAACCUCCUGGGAAAGUGCCGUCGGCCCCGCACAGCCUUCACCAGCCAGCAGCUACUGGAGCUGGAACACCAGUUCAAGCUCAACAAGUACCUGUCGCGGCCCAAGCGCUUCGAGGUGGCCACCUCGCUGAUGCUCACGGAGACCCAGGUGAAGAUCUGGUUCCAGAACAGGCGUGGAUGAAAACGCAGCAAAAAGGCCAAGGAGCAGGCGGCGCAGGAGGCUGAGAAGCAGAAGGGGGGUGGAGGCGCCAGCAAAGGUGGCCUCGGGGAGCAAGGGGACGACGAGCUGCUGGGGCCGCCGGCUGCCGGGGACAAAAGCGGCGGACGCCGCCUGCGGGACUUGAGGGACAGUGACCCUGAGGAUGACGAGGACGACGACGACGAGGCCUUUCCCUACAGCAACGGCACGGGGGCGCACGUCUCCUCCGACUGCUCGUCCGAGGCCGAUUCCCCGCCCCCGCGGCCCAACGCGCCCGGGCACCAGCCCCCGCCCCAGUAG